UAUUACCACCGAUAACACUGACAUAAUGUCAUCAUCGGCACGAUACCGUCGCCCUGCAAAGGAUAAUGGGCCCACAGAUGCGACAAACUCGGCUGGAGUCCCAGAUCUUGUAGCUGCAAAAGAAAAGGCUGAGCUCAAGCAGGCGGUCAAAGAGCAGGCCGAGGCAACGUCAAAUGGCCUCUCAGUACUAGAUGUACUGCGUAUACUGGGCGGACUGGUACUGUUGAGCUGUGGACUGAGCUAUCUGAGUACCAGUGGAGAGAGCAUGACAUGGGGCUACAACCCAUGGUGGACACGAGCCCGCGAAUGGAAGAGUCUGAUUCAAGGCGAGGUUGUCCUCACCGACAGCGAACUCGCACUAUACGACGGCUCUGACCCCAAGAAGCCCAUCUACCUAGCUAUUAACGGCACAAUCUACGACGUCUCCAUCUCGCCCACCACCUACGGCCCGGGGGGCUCAUACCACUUUUUCGCCGGCAAAGACGCCGCCCGUGCCUUCCUAACCGGCUGCUUCGCCGAAGACUCGGUCCCAGACCUACGCGGUGUAGAGCAAAUGUACAUGCCCGUGGAUCCCGAAGAAAAGGCCUCUCUCACCCCCGAGGAACGCGCUGCUGCAAUGGAGAAGGCGCGCCACAGGAAGAAGCUCAGCAGCGGCGAGCUGAAGAACCGACACGCGCAGGAACUUAAAAGUGCGAAGAAACAGGUGGUCGAUGGCUUGGAGAACUGGCAUAAGCUGUUUAGGGGUGAUAAGGGGAAGCCUUAUCGUCGGGUGGGCCAUGUGAAGAGAGAGAAGGAUUGGCUGGAGAAGACGCCUAAGAGGGGGUUGUGUGAGCAGGCUGAGAAGGGGAGGCCGGUUAGGAAAUAUGAUUAAGGUGUGAGGAGCAGAGAGAAAGGGGGGGGUUUAAAAAAGGCAGGCAGGGCAUGGAAAACUGAGUAUAUGGUGCAUUGCAAGGUUUCUUGUUUAUUUUCUGCCAAAAUCUUGAUACUGCACUCAAACAGGCUGAUUACCUCUUUUUUUUGGUACAAAUAGGAUUCGACAUGUAAUGUGAUCAUUCUGUUAUUAUGAAGAGAUUUUAGGUUCUCUUCUUGUA